AGCAUUAAGUGUAUUUAUAAGUAUUUGAUUCGCUAAUUUAAGGCAAAUUUAACAUAUAUCAUUUGAAUUCAGUUCAUUUAAAUGUUUUUAAACAAUGUAUCCGCAAUUUUAAUUUUAAUAUAUAAUUAAACAUCUUUUUACACGUUUAAAUUAAAGUAGAAUAAAAUUUAAAACUUUUCGCUUCCGUGGCAGAAAAACGAUUAUCCAGUUUCCGGACGAGAGUUCCGGGCAAAGCAUCGCAGAAGUCGCUAAAAGUUUACUUUCGGACAAGACGUAAUCUCUCGAUGCGCGCUGGGGAAAUACUUGAUGCGAAGUACCCCAGGGGAGAGGGGAGGGGGUGCCACGCCAAGUUCCACCGUCCCCCAACCUUUGCGCUCUGUGCAAAGGUGCCCCCGGCCUUUUUUUCCAGUAUGAAUGAUGAUGUAUGGAUGCUGGCUCUGGGCACCGGGGGCACGGUAAAGGGUUCCAUUGUUGCGUCCUCCCCCUGGAGAACGAACCCACUCUGCCCCGCAGGGGAGAGAGACCUUCGUGAAAUAUUACUGCCGAGCAACAAACUGCAUUCUGCAGGCUGUAUACUGUUAAUUUUAUGCCCGAUUUUUUGCCCACUCCAUCUAACUGCGCCCCUCCUCCCUCUUCCUCACCUCGCAGCCCUCGCUUCCUCGGCGGCCAUCCCUCGAUGUUGUUACAAGAGUCCGAAGUGCCAAUAAUAAUAAAUAUUCAUCGAAUUAUUCUCAAAAACAUCGAAAGAAGCGUGGAAAAAAUAACAUUAAUCCAUAUAUCGCUUAGAUUAUACAUGUGUGCAUUGUAUUAAAAAUUUCGGUUUCAUAAACAAUUUUAUCAAAACACUUAUAUUCAUUCUAAUAAUCUGACAAUCUCGUCCUAACUUUACAAAUACUUCAAAAAUUGAUUUCUGAAAAAUGUUUUAAGUGUAUUAUAAAAAUUUAUAUAAAAGAAAUUAUAUGCAAUGAGAAAAUACAAGUGUGAGAAAAAAAAGUUACUAUACAUAUUCUUAUUCAUUAUUAGGGAAAAUACUCUCCUAUACUUCGAUCGAACCCUCCGCCCGAAAAGAAGUCAGUAAUUCGAGGAAUGGGCUCCGCGAGCCGCGAGAACAAUGCGAAGCCGCAAUUAAUAGGGCCAUGUAAUCGGAUGCACCCUGUUCUCUAUGCAAAUUCGAUCGGACACGGUUUUGAAGAUUCGCCUUGGUCCUUCCCGUGCGUCAACAAUACAUCGACUUCGCCGACAAUGGGAAAUAAUAAACCGUGAUAAAUAGAUUCAAAUUGAACCAGGUGACCCCGUCAGGAUGAAAUCCGUCAUGAGACGAUUUUCGAGGGCCGAAACUUGAAGAGGCAGCACUAAUCAAAAGUGGUCCACGGAGACAGAUUGAGGGGCGUGCUGAAAUAAAUCAGCCUUUUGUUUUACAGCCCUAAAACGGCCGUUGGGAAUAUAUAUGCAGCGCGCGAAAUGACGUCCAUUCAUUAAAACGCCCCAGCUGCGAGAUCGAAAAGACUCCUGGUGUCGAUUCAGCGGCACCGAACAGCGCGAUUAAAUAAUCUCGGCCAUUGAGACACAGUCAUUAUUUACUAUGUACACUUAUUUAUUGCAUGCAAUAUGCAAAUUUUAUUGCAGCACGUCGCGCUUAAUGUUGCAUCUGGGCUUCAGCAACUCGGAAAGGGGCGCGAGCAAAUAUUUGGAAAGAAAAAUUAUUAAUGACACCAAACAGUUGUCUAUAUGGCACACAUUUCCUACAAAAAUGACAUAACUCAGAGAUUGUCACUUUUGACAAACAAAUAGAACGCACCUAAGAGUCCAGUGCAGACGAUGUAAAUUUAUAUUUUACAAAUUAUAAAAAACAAUCUCUUCUUGAGAUAUCGUUAUUGUAAAUGAGCGAUAAUAACUGCUCUCAAAAUUUUUUCUAAAAUAGCAGAUUUAUUCCGAAUUUGUCGGAUAAUCUGUCCUUCAAAUUAAAAUUGGGAAAAGAUCUUAAUUUUUCAAGAUAAGAUAAUUUUCUCCCCCUCUUUUCGUUGUACUUUCAAAACAGAAAGCAUAAAGCAAGAGCGAGCUCUAGUGUGUCUCGUCUGUUGCCUCGUCAAGAAUCCAAGUUCUGUUAUGUGGAGUGAAAUUGGUGAGCAAAGAUAAUGCAAUGUUGUAUGUAUCUGAACGCGCGCGGCGGGACAAAAUGGGUAAGAAGAUGCUUUCUUACGCGGAGGGGACAGUCUGUGCACUCCGACGCAUCAGCUCGUAGAUACGGUACUCGGUAAGAUCACUUUUACCGUCGUUUGCCAACCGUCAGAGUAUAUUAUCGCGAAUCCAAUAAGUGUCGCGGACAUUCCGAACGGUCUGAAUUGUUAUCGUAAUCAUGCAGUUGAUCCUCUCUGUAGGCGUCGCGAGUAUAUCGCCACCGAUAUGAAAAGUGGUAUGAUUGCAAUGUAAAAUCGGUAACGUAAAGUGGGAAGUUGUGUGUUACUAUGCGAAGAAACUUCGCGUGGAAAUCCGCACGAUAAGCCAGGGGCUAAUUAUCUCAAGCUGUUAACCCUGCUCCAGAUAUUUCUAUCGUGGUAAAAAAAAAACAUCUUGAAUUUCGCUCGCUAUCUCGAAUUUAUCUAAAAACCAUUUGAACUUUAUUAAAAUAUUUAAACUUAUAUUUUAAUGAGCAUCUCACAAAUUUCCCAAAACUAUUUGCUCAAUAAUUAUCGCGCGAUUAAUAUUAUUAUUUCAUUUUAAUUAGAAAGUGUGCAAUUCAUUAAAGUAUGCCAUUAAAGUAUGCAAUUCAAUUUAGUAAAAUAAUAAUUGCUUAAACCCGUUGCGAGUAACGCGGUAUAGCUGUAUAUAGCUCAUGAGUGUAAUCUAGACACUGUUAAUGAGAUCUUAUGAAUCAUAUAUUCUAUAUAUAGAAGACAUCAGACUUAUACAAUACAUUUGUAUCUGACUAGUUUAACAAUGUUUCAUUUUACUACCUAAAAAAAUACUGAAAUAUAUUUUUUGAACAGGACAAAAUUCUUUGUUUUCACAUAGAUAUCAAUAUUUUAUUCUAACGUCUUAAGUGUAUAAUUUUUAAUUUAUUACUUACUAAUAAAAUGAUUAAAUUAAAAAGUUUAUCUGAAAAUAUACCUAAUUGUCAUAGGAAUCUUUUUAACGAACUUUCUCAGUUAUUGUAUGAUUAAGUGAUUGUUAGAAAGAUAUAGAUUUCUAUACAGUUUAUUCUAGAUUUCUAUAUAGUCCGACCUUCGUAACAAUCAUUUGAAGUCACACAAUAACUGAGAAAGUUCGUUAAAAAGAUUCCUAUGGCAAUUUACAAUGACUACGGUUGUUGUAAAAACGAGUGAUAGGAUACUUGGCACAAUUAUCUGCUUUUCAAGAAACAAACUUUACGAUAAACAAUAGAUCUAUUAAAUAAAUUGACUACUCUAAGUUCUUGCGAAGAAAUGUAUUUGAACACUGAGGAUGACCGAAAAUAUAAUAUGCCGAAACGUUUGUAUAUUUAUUUAAUAAAUUAUUGAAAUAGCAACUAGCUUUGACUCUAUAAGCGGUCCUAAAUUGUAUUACAAUUAAACUAGAGCUAUUAUUUUUUAUACAGUUAAUUCCAAUAAAGUAGCAUUUGUAAGAGGCACGGAGAUAAUAUAUCUAAGUUUCUGAAAAUUAUUUUAUUUUAUUUUAUUGUAAAGUUAUUUGAUAGUUGAUAUUUUCCGAUUGUAGACUUUACUGUUGACGAUGUAUCGAUCUUCACUAACGAAAUCCUAGUGCAUGCGGGAUGAAGAAAUGUCGUGAAGUAUAAUUAUUGCGCGGGCGCGGGUCAAUAAUUCGUGCCACGUUGCCUGGCGACGGUAUUCCUACUCUGAACCUCUGGAACAACCGGCGCGAAGUGCUCCUCUCUUCCUUCUCCAGCUUGUCCAGACUCCAGACAGAAGCCGACCAGCCUUCUAUACGACGCUAGCAAAGACGAAGAUCUCGUCUUCCAAUUGCAGCGGUUGACUCCUCACGGAGUGUCAUCUCCGCUCGUGAAGGGCCAGAACUGGAAUCGGUGGUAUGUGGAGGAAAAAAAAUGAGCCGACAAAAAAUACGUCCACGCCGCCAAAAGACGGAUCACACAAUGGAAAUUCUGUGAACGUCCUGUCUGAACGUUGGUCAUCACUAAAGCUAUCAUUUAAUAACAAUUUUGAAAGAUUAUUUGGUUUUAAAAUAAGCGAUGUAUCAAGUUUUGAGAAGUUUACUCAAUUUCUGUACCGUCCGACCGAUCCAGCCAGUCUAGGAGUGACCAGAGCUCUGUUCGGUCUGUGCAUGGUGAUAGACGUCGUCGAGGAGAGAGGCUUCGCGGACGUCGAUAUAAAAUGGGGAGAUCCGUGGGAAUGUCACUUCCCAUUGAUCCAUGGAAUGAAGCCACCGUCGCUGCUAUGGAUGAUAAUGAUAUACGCGGUGAUGUGGUUGGGUGCCUUCGGGAUCGCGCUCGGUCUGCGGUUCAAGAUCGCGUGCGCCUGCUUCGUGUUGCCUUACUGGUACAUCUUCUUGCUAGAGAAGAGCUACUGGAACAAUCACACCUAUCUCUACGGCAUCGUGGCCACCCUGCUCUGGGGAACGGAAGCGAACAAGUAUUUUGCGUUAGAUGCGAAACAGAAAGGCAGCUCUGUGCCGUACUGGAAUUACUUCAUCUUGAAAUUUCAAUUCUUCGCGCUUUACUUCUUGGCCGGCUUGAAGAAGUUCAGCAGAGAAUGGCUGGAAGGCUACGCCAUGACGAAUCUGUCUAGGCAUUGGGUAUUUCAUCCAUUUAAAAUAAUUCUGCUUCCUGAGCAGAUUGACUUUCUAAUCGUUCAUUGGUUCGGCUUUAUCUUCGAUCUCACCGUCGGGUUUUUGCUGAUGCUCGAGAAAACACGCAUACCGUCCAUGAUCUUCUGCGCAGCUUUUCAUUUAAUGAACUCGAGACUGUUUAGCAUAGGAAUGUUUCCAUAUGUGUGCCUGGCAACAAUGCCGCUCUUUUGCCGUGUAGACUGGCCGCGUAGAUUAGGGCUGUACUUUAAACGGAAACAAAAGAUUUCACCAAUUAAUACAAUUUCAAGCGACGCGAAUAGCGUAAAAGAGACUGACGGUCAAGCAAAAGAAACUGUAAAGUGCUUACUGUCUAAUGAAAUCUUGUGUAAUGAAGCCAUGCGUGAAGAGAAAAAAAUGAACGAGGAAAACGAAAAAAAUUUUCUUAAUUUAAAAUCUCCCCCCAAAAAUAAUAAAGAAGUUAACAAUACACGGUCAUCUGAGAACUCGAUUAAAUCGGUUGAAGAAGAAACCAGUGUUUAUAAAAAAGUUCGAAUAACUCGACGAAUUUCGACAUCAUCGAAAUACACUACAAGGAAACAAAAGUUUGUAGCAUCGCUGUUGCUGUGCCAUCUCGUACUGCAGCUUUUUCUGCCGUACUCGCAUUUUAUAUCGAAGGGUUAUAACAAUUGGGUACCAGGCUUAUAUGGCUAUUCCUGGGACAUGAUGGUUCAUGCCUGGGACACGAUACUCGUGGUAAUUAAAGUGCACGAUAAUAUUAACGACGAGAUACGAUAUUUAGAUCCUGAUACGUGGGUGCAAAGUGAUCGAUGGGUGAGACACGGAGAUAUGGCGAUACAAUAUUCGCAAUGCUUAAAGAAUAAUUUAAUGCGUCGAAAAGAGGAAGCGUUGAGAACUGAUUAUCAAUCUAAGGAUAAGGAAAAGUGGAUGAAACUAUCUACGAAUUUAAGCAUUUACAUAGAUGUUUGGUGUUCGUUAAACGGCAGAUUUCAACAGAGAAUAUUCGAUCCAAACGUCGAUAUGUUAACAGUCGAUUGGCAUCCAUUUAAACCUGUUUCAUUUCUGAUGCCAUUACUCACGCAGUAUAGUUCAUAUCGAUAUAAAAUGGAUGAAAUUCAGCAGCACGUAUUUACUUGGUCGAAUUAUACAGAUGUAUUAUUUGUGGCCGACUUUCCAGGGAUGUACUUGGAAAAUUACAUAUCCACUGAUUUCGCAAACGUUUCUUUAACAGUGCUAAAAGGCGAAGUAACUUAUAGCAAAGAAAAAUCGAUGAAUGUAAUCACUAUGUCAAAAAAGAAAUCGAUUCCUAUUGAAACAGGGAAAUUUCAUCGAAUAAAAACAACAAGUUCUUAUCCGGCAUGCUAUAUGUAUACUUAUACCAAUCAAACAAAGCAAUUGGAUAAUAAAAGAAGAAAUUCUCCUUCGAUGGUAAAAAAUACGCCAUGGCUAUUAAAGCAAAUUAAUAAUAAAAUCAUUGCGUGGACAAAAACAUUCGUCCAUAUAGCAAAUGCCUUCUUAAAUUUAGUAUAUGACGUUCCUAUAAUACGACGAAUACGCAUUAACAAGUAAUGUCCACUAAUAUAAUGAGUGAGAUAUGAUUACAA